UCAAUUAUCAUACAAUUGAUGUAACUGUAUUAAUGAAAAAUCUUUUUUUUUGAUAUUAUAAUAAGUUAUGAUAAUAAAUUUUUAUUUAGGUUAUGUUUUAUUCUUUAAUUUCUUAACAAAGAUCUUUCAAACUACUCAUUAGUUUAUUAUGUAAAGUAUUAUUUGCAGCAAUAUAUAUCCAAGUUUAAUGAUCAUAAUAAGCGUAAAAUUAUAAAAAUGUUAAGAAAACUUAGUAAUCUGUUACAAAUUUUUGUUCCUGGUCAAAAAGUAAGCAAGCGAUAUCUAAAUUUUAUACCUGUUGUUGUAGAACAAAGUGGAAGAGGAGAACGUGCAUAUGACAUUUACUCGCGUCUUUUAAAAGAAAGAAUUAUUUGUUUAAUGGGCCCGAUCACAGAUAAUGUGUCUUCAGUAGUGAUAGCUCAACUUCUAUUUCUUCAAUCAGAAAAUAGUAAAAAUCCAAUUCAUAUGUAUAUUAACUCACCUGGUGGAAGUGUCACAGCUGGACUUGGUAUAUAUGAUACCAUGCAAUAUGUUCUACCUCCUGUUGCAACAUGGUGUGUAGGACAAGCAUGCUCAAUGGCAAGUUUAUUACUGGCAGCAGGAACAAAGGGUAUGCGCCAUUCGUUGCCUAAUGCAAGAAUUAUGACACAUCAGCCAUCAGGAGGUGUAUCUGGUCAAGCUACUGACAUACAGAUACAAGCUCUAGAAAUAUUAAAGCUUAAAAAGCAAAUUAAUAAUUUAUAUGUAAAACAUACAGGUUUAGAUCUGGAAAAAAUAGAACGAUGUAUGGAAAGGGAUAAUUUCAUGAGUCCUAAAGAAGCAAAGGAAUUUGGAAUUAUAGACAAAGUACUAUCACACCCAAUGCAAGAGGAUGAACCAGAUAGCACUAAAGCUGUUCUUGAAAUUUCCACUCAACCUUAAUUAGGAUUAAAUAAAAUAUGCUUAAAAUUAUGAAAUUUUAUUAAAACAUGUAUUUAUCAAUAUUUAAAAAUAGUAAUAAAAUAUUUUUAAAACAA